CCUAUUAUAAGCCGCUCUCCUGGUGCAUGAGGCGCGAAAAACAAUUUGCGCCAUGGAAUCUCUCUACCUCACAAUUACGUCAUUGUGUUUCCUUCUUCAGUGCACGGACUUCGAUGCGGAACAUAUGCAUUGUACUGUGCAGUGCGGGAUAGGCAACGGUAGCUGAACGACUCCUAUCGUGCCCAUCCUCCUUCCUUCCUUGUGAAGAUGGCGGGAAACGAAGGGAUGAAGGAACUAGUGGAGGUGAUCAACAGGCUCCAAGACUGCUUUGCCUACACUUCCUCGAGUCUCAACCUUCAACUCCCCAUGAUCGCCGUCGUCGGCGGACAGAGUGCUGGCAAGUCUUCCGUCCUUGAGGCCGUUGCUGGCAGGGACUUUUUGCCUAGGGGUACUGGCAUCGUCACCAGACGUCCACUCAUCCUUCAAAUGAUUCCACAUACUGAAGAAUACGUGGAGUUUCUCCACCAGCCGGGCACGAAGUACACUGAUUUCGAAGCAGUGAGGAAAGAGAUCCAGGAGGCAACCGACAAAGAAGCACCAGACAAGGCCAUCUCCAGUCGGCCCAUCAACCUCAGACUCUAUUCCCCUUACGUUCUUCAGCUCACUCUGGUCGAUUUGCCCGGUUUAACCAAGAACCCUGUCAACGACCAGCCAAAUAAUAUUGAGCAACUCAUACGAGACGUGAUCUUGGAGUACAUUGAACCCGAGAACACGCUGAUUCUGGCUGUGACACCUGCCACCGAGGACCUGGCCAAUUCCGACGCACUCAAACUCGCACGCCAAGUUGACCCCGCUGGGGAGAGGACAAUCGGGGUGCUGACGAAGCUGGACCUGAUGGAUCAAGGCACAGAUGCUCGGGAAAUUUUAGAGAAUAAAGUCAUCCCUUUGAGGCGAGGAUACAUCGGAGUGAAGAACAGGUCCCAAGCGGACAUCACCAAUGCCAUAAACAUGAAGGCUGCCAGGGAUGCAGAGGAUGCCUUCUUCAGUGAUAAUUACAAGAACCUGAAGGACCGAGUCGGGACGAGGGUGCUCCAACGGGUGCUCAACCAGCAACUGGAGCAGCAUAUUAGGGAGAAACUCCCAGGGAUCCGCUCCAACAUGAUACAGAAGAAAAACAAUCUCACGGAGCAACUCCAGAUCCUGGGCGCCUUCGAUACCAAAGCACAAAGCAACAACGCCCUCUUCCAUCAGGUGAUGGUCAGGUUCGCCAAUAGCAUGAAACUUUGCCUAGAGGGUUUUGAUUACAACGUGAAUAUAAACGAAGUACAGCUGGGCGCUGUGAUCAAUGAGACGAUCAAUGAAGAGAUCAUUAAUGGCCUCCUAAAUGAGGAGAAUCUGAUGCCGACGAAGGAGGAGACGAUGAUUACCAUAAGAAACUUGUUUGGGGUUGCGAAUUACAUAUCACCUCCGCAGCAAGCAUUCAGAAGAAUGGUUGAACACAUGACCAAGAAAUUUCAAGAACCCAUCAAGAUUUCCGUGGAAAUCAUCGCAGAACACGCCGCCAGGGCCGUCGAGAAGUUUGCUUCACAGGAACUGGGCCCUUUCCCAAAAUUGAAGCAAGAAGUCCUGACCCGAGUGAUGGAGCGACUGAAGCGCAACGAAUUGAGCUGCAAGGAACUUCUGAUAACGUACAUAGAAGCGGAGUGUGCCUUUAUGAACACUAACCAUCCUAUGAUGAAGAGAAGUGAUGCCUUGGCCACAUCCGAUCAUAGUGGGAUAGAGGAAGGGAAAAUGAAUAACUCCCCGGCCGGCUCACCGGCACGCACACCCCGGCACACAAUAGGGACGCAGAGGAUCCACCAGGGCUACUUGCACUUCCCAAAUUACUCCGUAUUUUCAUGGAAGAAGAAGCGGGUCUGGUUUGCAAUCACACCUGUUCAUCUCAUCGUGUACAAGGACAUUCGGGAAGACACAGAAUUGAUGCGACUCAAUAAUGCAGAAAUAAGGAUUGGGGUGAAGAACGAUCGGAAAAGUGGCCUGAAGAGGUUCACCAUCAAUCGAAUCGAUGGCAGGCCUUUCGGGAAGGGACAGGCAAGGGAUUUCGAGGCCAUAUACGAUGGGAAAGAGGGAAAGGAAAUCGGUGAAGAAUGGGAGUCCAAGUUCCAGGAAGGGGGAAUCCUUAUGGAGAACUUCGGAAGUGCUAAUUCCAUUUUCUUCGACGAACAGUUUCUCGACGUUUACGAAGAUCAAGCCAAAAGCAGGUACAGGCCUCGCCCUUGGUCUAUCAUUCAACCCCACAAAAUCGACUUCGCCAGGAAAUUCGAGUCGGACAAGACGUUGAACAAAGAUGCAGACUGCUUCCUGGAAAAGAUCCUUCUUUACAUGCGAAUAGUGAGGCAGACCAUCCAGGACCUCACGCCCAAGUACAUCGUCCUGAAGCUGAUCAAUAAGCUAUUGGUAUACAUAUCGGAGGAGCUAACAGCAGAAAUCCAGGACAGAACUGAUCUUGACACGAUAAUGGAGAGAGGGGGAGACGAGGAGAUGAAAAUGAGGGCACUACUGAGUGAAUUGCAGAAGAUUGAGGAAAUUCUGAAAAUCAUGGACAAUUGGCCGAGUGCUUGA